CGUUGGUGAGUUGGGUGAUGGUGAUAGAAAUGAUGUAGUUCGUCACCCCCUGGCUAGGUGCACGUUGAACCCACCAUCUCUUCCCACUCCCCGUUGUCCAUUCAUCUCUCUUCCUUCCACAUUCAACUCCCUCUCCUUUGUCUCCUUCCAUUAUCUAAAAUCUAUGGUUUCUACCUCUGUUGUCUAUUGGUAGUUCAGGAUUCUAUCGGUUGACGGUUGUUUGGGGUUUCAUUUUGAUCCGUAAUUGAACCAAAUUGAGAUCCGAAUUCCAGAAAUCGGGGUGAAUUGCAGGAAGAAAUAAUGGAUUCCGAUGUAAAGAGUGAUUCAACGGUUGUCGUUGAGGAAGAUGCGAAUCAAAGGAAUGGAAAUCAUGUGAAUGUCAAUGAUAAUUUGCUUGAUUCCGAUCGAUUCAUUUCUAACACUGAACGAGUGGAGGUGGGGGUGGAUGAGGUUGCAGAUGUCGUUGCGGUUGCAGAUUCCGAUGCGGAUGUGGUGGCGGUUGCGGUGGAUACUAAUCAUCAACCUUCUCCUCCGCCGACGAAGGGAUUUGGGUUAAAGAAGUGGAGAAGAAUUCGAAGAAACGAUCGCGUGACAAAGGAAACCGAAUCGGAAUCGGAAAGGGAAAAGGAUUACGAAUCAGAUUCAGCAACUGGUAGAAUAUUGAAGAGGGUUUUGAAUACGAAUGAGAAUGAUGGGUCAAUUAUCUUCAAUGCCGGUGCAGCAGAUUCUGAUAACAGUGAAGAUAGCCAUAGCCAUAGCCGUAGAAGUAGCAGCAAGUCAUCCACCGCGGCCAGUUACCCAAAGAUCCCUGUUAAACCUUCAAAGAAUGUUCUUCCAAACAAGUUGAAUCUUCAUUCCGAUCCCAGUAAGAAAGCCAGAGCUCCUUUAGACUUGGAAUUGGACAAGGAUAAUUCCCCACUUUCUAGCAUGGAAUCUGAUUCCAGAAGCUCGUUUCCUAAUCCCCAACACCCACCACCACAUCUACCCUCUCAUCAACAAGAAUCACCUGCUGUUAUUGGAACUAAGGAAGAAGACGAUCCCCUUGUCCGCUCUAUCUUGAUGCUCCAAUCUGCCCAACUUGCUCUUCAAGCAGAAGUUCAGAAAUUCGGGGAGAUAGGCAAGGGAAUUCGUUCGUUGUGCGAUGACUCGGACAAGACUAAUGGUUUUCCUGUCCAAUCUGUUGUUAAUGAUCCCUUGUGUAAUACGGAUCGUGCUUCUGAUGAUUUUAGUGAAUUUAGUCAUGCAUACUUGAGCAAGAUUGUCCAAACACUUGAAAAACAGCUGAAUGAAGCUGAAAAUAGUCUCAAGGAUAAGGAACUGAGGAUUUCUGAACUAGAAACAACUAUGAGAAAUACGGACCCACCUCAAGAACGUUUAAGCAACGCCAUGGAACAGCAGUACAAAAGAAGCAUAGAGAUGGAAGCUGCGUUGCACGACCUCUUUAAGCAAAAACUUGAAGUUGAAGUUCAGUCUCUUGUUAUAGCAAGAUCUUACAAGGACUUGAGCGUUUCGGUAGAAAAUCAGUCUCCAAGAAUGAUGGAGAAUGGAGAAAACAAGGCUGCCAUGCUACAAACGCAAGCUGAGAAGUCGGACACAUUGGAUUCCAGUAUUCAGAAGAUGAAGAUAGGGGUAGUUAAGUUUACUAAAUGCCUUGUUAUACAGUUGGUUUUGCUGGUGUUAGUAUUUGCGGUGUUUUUCUUGAAGUUAGUACCCGAAUCGGAGGUUGUUGUACCGACCUAGUUUGCGCUGUAUAAGUAGUUAGGUGAUUUCCCUUCUGAUCUUGCAUUUCUGGGUUGAAGCAAGAUUGAUGGGUUAGUUUUCUUUUCCUGUUUUUUUAUUUUUACUAUUUUUCUUUUGUUGAUAGGUCUUAUUGAAAGGUAUAGAAAGAUCAGAAUCUGUAUUUUGCUUUGUA